CUCCGGCGGGGGGUGAAGUGAGGAGGCUUGGUGUGUCGGGGUGAAGAGAGCUUGACUGGUAAAGAAGGAGCCAGGUAAGGGAAGGGGAACGAGGAAUGAUCUCACUGUUUGCCACGGGCAGGCUGGUGUUCGGCCAUCCCCGGGAAGGGAGGGCUGCCUCACCCCUGACGGUGACUUGGGAAGACAAAUGCCAGCACUGCGGGCGUCCCCCCCGCUUCCUUCGUUCUCCCCCAGCUUUGCUGAGCAUGAUGUCGUACGGAGCGGGAUAUAACCUUUGGUCAGCUGUCCCGGCUGUGCCGUCUCCCAGCUUCUUGUGCCCCCCCAGCCUCCCCUCUGGUGGGAUGGUGUGGGAAGCAGAAGAGGCCUUGGCUCUGGGGGAGAGCUGUAACUAAAACAUCUCUGUAUUAUCAACUGUUUUCAGCACAAAUCCAAACCCCAGCCCUGUACCAGCUACUGUAAAGAGAAUUAACUCCAUCCCAGCCAAAGCCAGCAGAUAGCCUCAGGGGAUAUCCCCUCAGGGCUUUAUUUCUGGCACCCUUGCACCUCCUGUCUCAAGGAGGAACCCCAAGAGGAGCAUUGGGGCCUCCUGAAGAGCCUGCUGAUCAGAUGAUUCAUAACUGAAUUCUUAACGUGGUCAUAAAAUGGUCCUAUGAAUUCCAAAAUGAAACAAAAAACGGAUGCAGACAGAUCGUCAGGAUCUUUGCAGAAGUACCUCACAGAUACCACAUGCAGUGCUGCCCCAAGACGGACUCUUAAAAUGAUUCAGCCUUCAGCAACAGGUUGCCUGGUUGGCAGACGAAAUGAGAAGAAAUCUUCAGUCAAAAGGAAACUCUGGAAUAACAAGUUCACCUCAAAGGCUUGUAAAGCUGAGGUGUCUGUGGACAAGGAGCAAGAAAAUGAUAAUAUGAAAGAUGUAAUUCAAGCAGUAGAUCUCAUGAUGAAAGGAAGCCCUUCACCUCAGUAUUGGAAAGAAGUGGCUGAAGAAAGGAGGAAGGCUCUCUAUGAAGUGCUUCAAGAAAAUGAAAAGCUACACAAAGAAAUUGAACAGAAAGAUGGUGAAAUUGCCCGUCUAAAAGAAGAAAAUGAAGAACUAAUGGCCCUUGCUGAACAUGUGCAUUAUAUGACCAGCAUGAUUGAGAGGCUAACUGGGCAAGCACCUGACAAUCUAGCUCUAGAGGAAUCUGAACUAGAAAAUGAAGAGUUUAACUGUGGAGACAAUGCAGACAGCACUUCUGAAGAAGGGCCAUCACAAGAAUCACGUGGCUUAAGGGAGAGUACGUCAGAUCUUGCUUCAAAGGAAGAAAAUAAUUUGCAACUGGAAUGACAACCUUAAAUAGCCUUAUGUAUGUGGGUUUUAAUUGCAGGCUUCCUCUUGAAAGGAUAUACUAAAACUUCUCGGGUAUAGAAACUCUUGUGGAAGCAUUACAGGUGUUGGUUUUAAACUGGAAUUAUGAAGCAGUGGGAGUAUCUGGAUACUGCAUAGAAAACGUACUACAGGCUGCACAUAGUCGCUUGUAUACGAUGCAAAUACUGUGUAUUUCAAACUGUUGUGUAAAUAUCCUCUCAGUUGGUCUGACAUGAUACAUGAAAAUUAAUAAAUCUUUGCCUUACCGAA